UUUAACUAGUUUUAAAGUUAUAUUCAUGGGUAUAAUUUGUCGCAUUAAAAAAAGCUAGAGCCUUAGAGACUGAGGGAAAACACCUUUCUGCCUCUUUCCCAGACUCCAGAUACCACUCCUUCCUGUUCCUAGCCUUCACUCCCCUGAUUAUCACCACCCAUGCAGGUAACAGUCCAUUCAGUGAAGUGAUGGAUAAUGUAGGAGGCUGGGGUGAGGACACAGUGGUUUCCUUCUGUUGUUCCUUCUUUUUCACUCUUUUCUUCCACUGCUCCUUCUGGCUAACUCAUUUCCUCUGUUCUGUUGUGGGUUACCCACAGUCCUUGCAGGGUGCACUUUCUCGCUCAUGGGCUCCUGCAUUGACCAGAGUCCUGGAGUGUUAGCAAGUGUGCCAUGGAGCAUCUCUUACCACUUUGGCCUUCUUGUCUCUCUCUUUGGUGUUCUAAGAGGUGCUACAAACUCCUUCAGCCCUCUCCGUUGUGUCCUGCAGUGGGUCCAGCAUGAUCCAGCUAGAACUUCUGUAUGUGUCUCAGCCCAACCUCCAAACUCUAUCCCCUGCAACCAGCCCCACUUAAAAAAACCUUGCUUUUUAUAUCCAAUACACUUGAACAUGAGAAUAUUGUGGGAGGGAAUGCCAAAGCCUGAUAAAGUCAAGGUAAUUGCCACCCACUGUUCUUCUCUUGUGCACAAAACUAAUGAUUUUAUCCUAGAAGGUGGUGGAGUUGGUCAGGCAUGAUUUGCCCUUGGUCAGUCUGUGUGUUACAAAUCACCUUUUUCUCAUUGAAUUUCUAGUUUUAUGUUCAUUUAUCUUUCUAUCACUUUUUCCUUUUUAUUUAUUUAUUUUUUCACCUUCUUUACUUUUAUCCUCAGGUUUGGGGCAGAAGGCUGUCAUUGUCGUGUAACAUCCUUAUUUAGAUUGUUUUCUUUAUAUGUACUUUAGUUCAAAACAUAACAAUGUUUACUUGAAAUUUCAUACUUGUAUGUUCUAUAUAUAGAAUGAAAACAAUAUAAAACCUGACAAUAUAAGAUUUAAACUGAGAAAUUCCCAAAUGAAUUUACAAUCUACUUUAUGUUUUUCAGCUUUACUUCAAGUAACAAUUUCACUUAGCAAAGUUGAACUCAGUGUGGGUGAAUCCAAGUUCUUCACAUGCACAGCCAUCGGUGAGCCUGAGAACAUAGAUUGGUACAACCCACAGGGAGAGAAGAUUGUGUCUAGCCAGAGGGUGGUUGUUCAGAAGGAAGGUGUUCGGUCACGUCUCACCAUUUACAACGCGAACGUGGAAGAUGCUGGCAUAUACCGGUGCCAAGCAACAGAUGCUAAAGGACAGACUCAAGAGGCUACUGUAGUUCUGGAGAUUUAUCAAAAGCUCACUUUUCGGGACAUAGUAUCUCCACAGGAGUUCAGGCAGGGAGAAGAUGCAGAAGUUGUUUGCCGUGUUACAAGUUCUCCUGCUCCUGUUGUCAGCUGGUUGUAUCGGAAUGAGGAAGUCACAGCUACUGCUGACAAUCGAUUUGCAGUAUUAGCAAACAAUAAUCUCCAAAUUCUUAACAUCAAUAAAAGUGAUGAAGGAGUAUACAGAUGUGAAGGAAGAGUGGAAGCAAGAGGAGAAAUUGACUUUCGGGACAUAAUUGUUAUUGUGAAUGUUCCCCCUGCAAUCAUUCUGCUCCAGAAAUCCUUCAAUGCCACUGCAGAUCGAGGAGAGGCAAUAACUUUGUUCUGCAGAGCCACUGGGUCACCUCCACCUGAGAUCAGUUGGUACAGGAAUGGUAAACUUAUUGAAGAAAAUGAAAAAUAUGUCCUGAGAGGAAGCAAUACACAACUAACAAUAAGAGAUAUAAAAAAUAUCGAUGCAGGUCCUUACAUCUGUAGUGCUAAAAACAAAGCAGGAAAUGACAAAAAACAGACAUUUCUUCAAGUUUUUGUGCAGCCUCAAAUAAUACAACUUAAAAAUGAAACCACAUUUGAGAAUGGGAAAGCAACCCUCAUCUGUGAAGCAGAAGGAGAACCUGUCCCAGAGAUUACUUGGAAAAGGGCCAUUGAUGGAAUGACUUUCUCUGAAGGUGACAAGAGCCCAGAUGGCCGCAUAGAAGUCAAAGGGCAGCAUGGAAAAUCGUCACUGCACAUUAAAGAUGUGAAGUUGUCAGAUUCAGGGAGAUAUGACUGUGAAGCAGCAAGUAGAAUUGGUGGGCACCAAAAGAGCAUGUACCUUGAUAUUGAAUAUGCUCCAACAUUCGUGUCAAAUCAAACCAUGUAUUACUCUUGGGAAGGCAAUCCCAUCAAUAUAAGCUGUGAAGUGCUAGCAAAUCCAUCUGCCUCAGUUCAGUGGAAAAGAGGAAAAUUAGUUUUACCUGUAAAAAAUACAACUCAUUUGAAGACCUACAGUACAGGAAGAAAGCUGAUUCUAGAGAUUGCUCCCACAUCUGACAGUGAUUUUGGACGGUAUAAUUGUACAGCCACAAACAGAAUAGGAACAAGAUACCAGGAGUAUACACUUGGUCAAGCUGAUGUGCCCUCAAAUCCGUACGGAGUCCGAGUUUUAGAGCUGUCCCAAACCACUGCCAAGGUCUCGUUCAAUAAGCCAGACUCACAUGGAGGUGUGCCCAUUCACCACUACCAAGUGGAUGUGAAAGAGGCAGCCUCAGAAACCUGGAGAAUAGUUCGCUCCCAUGGAGUUCAAACUAUGGUUGUUCUGAGCAAUUUGGAACCAAACACAACAUAUGAAAUCAAAGUAGCUGCUGUAAAUGGAAAAGGGCAAGGAGAGUAUAGCAAAAUUGAGAUCUUUCAGACCUUACCUGUCCGGGAGCCAAGCCCCCCUUCAAUUCAUGGACAACCAGAGAGUGGCAAGAGUUUUAAACUUAGCAUAACUAAACAAGAUGAUGGAGGUGCCCCCAUUCUGGAAUAUAUUGUCAAAUACAGAAGUAAAGAUAAGGAAGACCAGUGGCUAGAGAAAAAAGUACAGGGUAGUAGAGACCACAUCAUCUUAGAGCAUCUUCAAUGGACCAUGGGUUACGAAGUACAAAUUACAGCUGCCAACAGACUGGGUUAUUCUGAACCAACAUUGUAUGAAUUCAGCAUGCCACCAAAGCCCAACAUUAUUACAGACACUCUUUUUAAUGGUCUUGGACUUGGUGCUGUCAUUGGCCUGGGAGUGGCAGCUCUUUUGUUAAUCCUGGUUGUGACUGAUGUUAGCUGCUUCUUUGUACGACAAUGUGGAUUGCUCAUGUGUAUCACCAGGAGGAUCUGUGGGAAAAAGAGUGGUUCAAGUGGAAAAAGUAAAGAGCUGGAAGAAGGAAAAGCUGCUUACUUGAAAGAUGGAUCAAAAGAGCCGAUAGUGGAAAUGAGAACAGAGGAUGAAAGAAUUACCAACCAUGAAGAUGGGAGUCCAGUCAAUGAGCCAAAUGAGACAACUCCCCUCACAGAACCAGAGAAGCUUCCACUAAAGGAGGAAAAUGGCAAAGAAGCUUUAAAUCCAGAAACCAUAGAAAUCAAAGUUGCUAAUGACAUCAUCCAGUCAAAAGAAGAUGAUAGCAAAGCAUAAUAAAAUAAACUACACCUGUCUGGAUAAUGCAUUUGGAUUGAAGUAAUCCCGUGACCAAAACUUUACAGCUGACCUUAAUUUCUUGGGAAACAAGCUUGGAAUAGUUAGUACAUGUGUACAUAUGAUGAAACAGUUCCUGUCUGCAGUUCUUUUCUUUUUUUUUUUUUUCUUUUUUUGUUGGUAAUGGUUUUAGUAUGUAGUUUUGCUGACACCAAGUCCCAUGCUAUAAAUUUGAAAAAUCUGAACUGUAUAACUAUAAGAAUAAGAAUUAUAAUUUAUUAUGUGACCAAGCAUGUCUGUUUGGAAGAAAAAUUCUAAAGGAUCCCUAACCACAAUCAACACAUUAGGCCUCUCCAGAUCUUACAGUGCAAGCUACAUACAUAAAGUGCCAUAUGAUAAUGUAUUUAUUUCUGUUUAUAAAAAAAAUGAAAUUUUAGGUUGCCUUUAAAAAAAAAAACCCAACUAAAUCAGUCUCAGUAUAAUGUUUAAGACCUUAGCUCUGGCGGACACUCAGUAGUCAUUCCAGCUGUGAUUAUCACUUGAAGCAAACAAAAAAAAAGAGACACUCUUCAACACAGAGCCAAGUGCCGUUGCAGUCUCCUAGGUUCUUUGAUUUAAAAAAAAAAAAAAAAAAAAAAAAAAAAAAAAAGCUGGUAAUCACAAUACAGAAACUCAGAUUAAAUUGGCUAAAUAUUUCACAACAGUCUAUUGCCCUCAUCCUAACUACAUGAGUGUGACUCUGAAAGGCUCCAGAAUUUUCAAUUCUUCAUGUUUUCUGUAUGAAAGUUUUGGAGGUUACAUGUAAACUAAAAUGUAGCCAAGGUGUAAAAAGAAAUGUUUGCUAAUCAUAAUCUUCACUUCAAAUGAAAACUUACAGUAUUUGUCCCAAGAUAUUUAUACAUACAGGAUAUUCAUUUUUGUGUUACUUCAAACCAUUUAGCAAAGGGAUUAAAUUGUGAUUUAGAGAAGUAAAUAUGUUUUCUCCCCAGAUCAGUAUAUAAAAUAUUAAACUUGGCCGUUUUGAACUUUUUCUUUGUGAUUUCAUACCCUUUGUCUUAAGAAGUAGAAUGUAAGGGCAGAUGGAAAGAGGACUUUGUCUAAGAAGUUAGGAACAAUUUUAAAUUAUUAACGAAUGCAAUCUUAUAGUCAACCAAAUACUUUUUUUUUCAUGUCAAGCUUUCUCUAAGAUAUUCAUUUUUAUUAUUCUGAUCAACAUUGCCCACCAGGAAAUUUGAUGGAUUUAUUUGAUCCGAAAUUCAUUCAUAUAAAUGAAUCAUUGAUUUAAUGGUGCCACUAAAAGGAGCAAGAUCGUUUGUUUCCAUUCCAGCAUAAUUUAUGCACACCUACCAAACUUUUCAAAGCCUUACUUUGAAAGAAGUAGAUAAACUAUAUAGGAAACUAGACUGGAAAUUUCUACUUGUGGGGAGUAAAUGGAAGAAAAAGUUGUGAAUUUUCCACAUCUAAGUCAUGCCUGAGGUUUAAGUGUACCUUUACUCAACAAAUUGUGUUUUCUCCAUGCUAUAUCUGAAUUUUGAUCAUAUUUGAAAUCUUUGUACUAGGUGACUGUUGUUCAGUAAAGUGAAAUGUAAAAGGAUCUCCUAAAUUUGAGGAAAAUGUCAUAAUAACCUUCUUGUUAACCCAAGUUUCAGUGCACUUGAAAGAGCUGAGGGGAAUAUAUUUAACUCUUAGAUUUUUCUUAUUUUGAAAAGCAAAUUGUUUUAUCAGUUUUUUUACAACUUUUUCUCACUUUGGAAAAUACCAGAAAUGAACCAACUAGUUGAGAACAGAGGCGUACCUCUGAUGUGGCUAGGAUAGGAGGCCAAGUUCCCACAAAAUCAGGACCAAAGUGAGAAAAAUGAGUAAGAGGGGAUGGUGAUAUGGGAUGAAAGUCAUGCAAGAUAAUAAUUGAAAACUGCUGAGAAGAAGUUUCUCUAAAUGCUGAGGCACUAGUUCUGGGUGAGGGGAAGAUCACAUCCGUUUAUGAACUCUCAAUAUUGCUCCCAUAUUCUGAGUAGGCAGUACUACCAAAUAGCUGCUUGUCUAUCAGAUUUCUGAUAAUUCCUAAUCAGAUUUCCUGAUUCUUUCUAAGUACAACAAGCAGGCCUGCUCCUAACCUAUAAUUAGGAGAACAGUUGUCUCAUUUAUUUAUAUGGAUUUAUACUCUUUCAAGAAAGUGUGUAUUUGCGGCUGGGCUUUCUUAUUCUAUCAAAAUGCAAAGAAGGGACCUGUGCAACUCCAGCAGUUGAGAAGAAUGUGGUUGGUGUGGCUUAAACAUCCUCACACAAUACUUUAACUAGGAGGAGGAUCAGGAUGGCAGACACACUUUCCUCUUCUACCUGCUGUGACAAAUUUGGAUGGUGCUAUCCAAUCUUCCCUAGGCAGAAGGUGUUUCUUCUGAAGCCAGCCUGAUCAUUUCCACAAGAAGGUGCCUAUACAGUGUAGCAGAACUAACAGUGUCUAGGUUCAACUGCAGCUGCAUUUCAAAUUUUAGUACUUCUUAGUUAAACUUACACACACACACAAAAAAAGGCCUAACAGUUCUAUAUUGGUGUUGAUUUUUUUUUUCUCCCUGAUAUGUCCUCUAAUUACAGUGUGAAGGGAUGAGAAGAUUUAGGAGGUCUUGUCAGCACAUUUAUUACUAAUACACCUGUGCUACUCUUUACAAGCAAAAUAUAUUGCAGUAUUAUUUCAAUAUUGGAAGCAAAACGUCCCACUAUACUGGAUUACAAAUCAAAAGCUGUUUCCAGGAGUAUUUAAUUUCUUCUUGCUGUUAUGUCUCUUGGCAGUUGGGCUGUGUGAGGGCUGAGAAUAAAACAGCUCUAAAUGCUGAUGGACUGUCCAAGUACAUUAUUUUGGUCUGUGGAUUAAUAGGUUAUCUCUUGUGCUUUGACUCUGUUGCAGGAGAAAACCAGACUCUCACUAUGAAAGAAUGCUGAAAACCACUGAUAUUUCAAAAUAGUUCCAAAUGUUUCCAAAUGAGGGACAGCGCAUAGUAAUUUGUAAGAUAUAUGUAGAACUGGAAUAACAACAUUUGUUUACUUUCUUUUCCUAUUCUAGAUUAAAAACAAAACAAAAACAAAAACAGGUAUCUGUAUAAAUGUCACUUUUACUGUCUAAAAGUAAUUUUAAGUGUUAGUAUGAAAUGUCAGAAGAGUUGACAAAAUAUAACUAUUUGUAAAAGUAAAAUGAAUUGUUACACUAACGUACUCCAGGGACCAAGGUGGGAGGGAGCCAUUGAAAUUAGUACUGAACAAAAUGUGGCAGUGACAAUCUCUUUUCAACAAAAAGAAAAAAAAAAAAAAAAGAAAAAAAGAGAGUACAAUUAAGUAAAAUUAUUUAAAGCUCCUUGUUAUUUUUUGAUUUUUUUAGUAGACCUGAGUUCUGAUUUACCACAAUAAUAACAAAGUUUUAACUAGUAUUUUAGAAUUUAGUAAUCAAAUGUACCCUGGAGAGAUUUUUCCUGGUUUUGUUUGUUUAUUUGCCUUUUUUGACUUCUAAGAUUUUUUUUUGUGGUUGCAGAAAUAUUUACUAUUCUGGUGAUGCUAAUGCCUAAUGUGACAAAGAUUAAUUUAUUCAGGCCUCAGUCUUGCAAAAAGUUUUGUGUGGUUGAACCCACCCCUUAUAUGCAGUGAUGUUAGUGGGGUGGAUGUGAGCAGGAAGAUGGAUGUACUUUCAUAAGAGAGCUUGCAGGAUUGGGCCUACUUUCUAUCUCUUCAUAGAUAUCUGCAACAUAAUUACACCGUGGCCAUCAUCUACAAAGGCUGUUUGACAUCAGUCCCUGGUGCAGUAAAUUCCAACUGCUGUCUUCAGCCUCUGCAUUGAUGUUCAUCCAAAAAAAAAAAAGUGGCUUUUUUUUUACGAUGGUAAUUAGUUUGAUAAUUUAAGUGCCAAUCAUCAAACUGUAGUAUAAUCAUCAUGCCAUUUUUUCUGUUUCCUAGACCAGAUAAUGGAAAUGUAUUUGUGCCUUUUGAUAGCAUGCCACUCUGCUUUAUUAAAGAAAAAUCUUCGAUAAUUUGUCUACAAAGCCUGUUUAAAAUAAUUGAAAGCUUUACUGUCACAUACUUUUCUGCUCAAAUAUUCUCAAAUACUCAUUUGAAUUAAACUGAAGGUAUUAUUUUCAAGUAACAUAAAUAUUUGAAACAGAAAAUUUUCAAAGAUCUGUUGAGAUCACAGUUCCAAUGAGGGUCAUGAUGGAUAUCUUACUGCUGAAAAGUCUCAAAUAGAUGAAGAACGUGGUGGAUGUGUAGGGGUGUUUUGACCAAUUUCUCAAGUUGAAGAGUCAGAUAGAAAGUCUCCCUAGUUCUAUUUAAGUGCUUAGAUGUAAAACAUUAAAUUCUUUCCUCAAAUCUGAAAGAUGAUAUGGAGCAUGUUCCCACCAUUUUACCUCUGGAGUUAAACCGGAGAGAAUGUUCGUCUCGCCUCACCAUCACUGUGUAAGCUGUUGUAGGAAGUGACAUCUUUGUAGAAUAUUGUGUCUGUUGGAUGAUAUUCGCUCCUGAUUAAAGGACCUCCAAAAAGACCAUAUACUGAGAAAGCUCAAAACCUCUUUGAUUCUAUGGAAGGGUGCUAAGAGCACUGCACAAAGCAUAACAGUGGAAUCCAGGCCUCAAUCCAGGCCCUAAAUCUGGACUUUAAGACACAAACUGAUUCCAGCAGGACCUGAAUUUCAUUCACCCAUCUCAGUGAGGCUUUGCAUGUCCUCAGCUGAUCGAAUUGCUUGUGUGAAUUAGAUUUCCAGGUGCAAGUGGAACUCAAAUGUCCUGCUGGGCUCCAAGUGGACUUUUGCACAGAGGAGGUUUUUCUAUCAGGAGUUUUCAUUGAUCAGGAAAUGGAGAUAGAAUAUCCAAUGACAGGGUUUUUUUAGUAUAGUGACAAUACAUCAUUAUAUGUCUAGAAAUAAAACAUCUCUUUAAAUAACUCAUUGUGAUUAUGAUACUUCUUUAGGUGAAGAUGAAAACAUUCUAAGUAGUGCUCCCUCUUAAAUCUCUUUGUUUAGCUUCAGAUAAUCUUUCUGCUAGAUGAGAAGCUACCAUGGUUAAAUAAAUCUUUUUAAUAAACUCUUCACUCCUUUUUCAGAUUUUUUUGUAUGAGUUCCUGAAGUACCCUGUCCACUUGACAGCAGUUCAGUGUAAGUUUUAAGUGAUCUUCAGUAUUUCCACUGCACAUAUAGAUGUGUUCUUAUAUCAAUUUGCUUGGACCUGAGCCAUAAUAAGCCUUACAAAUUUGGCUUUGGAUCGGGUUCUGUGAAUUCUCAGUUUACUAGUCUAUCUUUUCUCUUAAGAGGCAUUGAGAGCCUCAUAAUGUUUGACUUUCAAACUUGAAUAUUGGCCAUUUCUAGCCCAGAGAAAUGAAAUAAAUAUUUAUUGCCAAAUUUGUAUUGGCAGCUCUUAAGUCACAGGUGAGAUGGGGAGCGGGCGAGGUGACCAGAUGCGGUGCCGACAGAGCUCAGGAAAGCGACUGCCAGAGAGAACAGGUGCCAAAGAGUGAGCCAGGAGAGGGCUGGGAGCAUCUCUCCUUAGCUCUGACAAGGGAAAUGGGGAGCAGCUGAAGCAAGGGAGGCUGCUGAAGGGCCCUGCCAAAAGACAGGGUAAUGAGAGCUGUGAAAAACAGAGGAGAGGGGACAUUAGCCCUGCCACAUCCUUUAACUCUCCCAUGUAAUUAGGCAGAUGGAAAAUGUGGAGUUGGAGGAAGGCAAGACAAACCCUCAGAGUCUCUACCGAUCAGUGACAAAUAUAUAAAGGAGUCAGAUUCCCCCAGAAGAUAAUUUUGCUGCUCAUGGUCUAGAGUUCUCACUGAGAAUUUUGAACUACAUAGACAAGGUUUUAAAAGGAGGAGAAAAAAAAAGCUUUCCUGCUACAAUGAGCAUUCGGUACGUCUUUGUAUGCUGUGUACAGUAUGAGCUAAUGCAUACCAUAUAUUGUUUUUGUUAUUCCACACGUUGUCAACAGCCCACUUGCGAUAUCUGCCACCUGAAUUAUAUAUUGAUAAGUUAGCUACCACUGGAGCUAGUUUGUUUAUUGUUUCAGAAUCUUAUGUCCCUAUGAAAUGCUGUGUGUAUAUAUAUAUAUCUCUAUACUGUAAAAAGAAGUAAUACUGCAGAUGCUGGUUUUGUAUUUAUGAAAGACAUUGAAAGUAUGGCUUAAAGUAUAUCAAU